UUUUUCGCGUCUGAACAGAACACAAAGGCGAACAUGAAAAUAAUUUACUCAAAGGCGCCGACCACGUGGCACGUUCUCGAAUGUGUGAUUAAUAUUAUUGACCUCCAGAUAUAUAGGCUUCCUACUUUUCCGGUCACCGCCACCGAUAUCGACGUGUCCAAAUCUCAUGUUCUCCACGUCAGCCCCAUACUAGCCGGCACGGACGAAGAUUCAUCUCCUUCCGACGAAAUCGCGAAGAAUAUUUGUAAAAAGGACAAAGACAGCAAAACCUUCACCUCUCAUCUCUCUUCCUCUCUGUAAGAAAUGGGGAGUUUGAAUUUCUACGAGAGGUUUUCUAGAACGUUCCGUGAAAAUCCUUCGCUUUCGAGAUUUCUCGUUGUCUUCGCCGUCAGUGGUGGAGGUCUGGUGGCUUAUUCAGAGGGAAACAUAUUAAGUAGUAGUCCAAAGAUUGAUGAGUUACCAGAGCCAGGUAAUGAAAAAAAGAAGGUAGUUGUGCUUGGAACUGGUUGGGCUGGAACAAGUUUCUUGAAAAAUCUCAAGAAUCCCUCAUAUGAUGUUCAAGUCAUAUCACCAAGAAAUUACUUUGCAUUCACCCCUUUACUACCAAGUGUUACAGUUGGCACAGUGGAAGCCCGAAGUGUUGUUGAACCAAUUCGCAACAUUGUCAAAAAGAAGAAUGUAAAUGUAAACUACUGGGAAGCUGAAUGCUACAGGAUUGAUGCAAAAAGUAAGAAAAUUUACUGUCGUUCAAGUCAAGAUGAUAAAGAAGAAUUUGUUGUCGAUUAUGAUUACCUUGUGGUUGCAAUGGGAGCCCGUGUUAAUACAUUUAACACUCCUGGUGUUGAAGAAAACUGUCACUACUUGAAGGAAGUUGAAGAUGCUCAGAAGAUUCGAAGGAAAGUUAUAGACUGUUUUGAAAAAGCAAGUUUACCUAAUUUGAGUGAUGAUGAAAAGAAAAGAGUUCUUCAGUUUGUUGUUGUUGGUGGAGGUCCAACUGGAGUUGAAUUUGCAGCUGAGCUUCAUGAUUUUGUGUCUGAAGAUUUGGUGAAGUUGUAUCCAUCUGUUAAAGAUUUGGUCAAAAUAACACUUCUUGAAGCCACUGACCAUAUCCUUAACAUGUUUGAUAAACGGAUCACAACUUUUGCAGAAGAGAAGUUUCACAGAGAUGGUAUAGAUUUAAAAACAGGGGAAAUGGUUACAAAAGUCUCUGAGAAAGAAAUUUCUACAAAAGUAAUUAAAACUGGUGAAGUCUCUACUAUACCCUAUGGAAUGGCAGUUUGGUCAACAGGUAUUGCAACUCGUCCUGUCAUAAUGGAUUUCAUGAAGCAGAUUGGCCAGGCGAACAGACGUGUGUUAGCUACUGAUGAAUGGCUUCGAGUUGAAGGGACCAAUAGCAUAUAUGCACUUGGAGAUUGCGCCACAAUCAACCAGCGUAAAGUCAUGGAGGAUAUUUCAGCUAUAUUUGAAAAGGCAGACAAGGACAAGUCAGGAACACUAACAGUAAAAGAAUUUCAAGAAGCACUUGAUGACAUAUGCGACAGGUAUCCUCAGGUGCAAAUUUAUCUCAAGAACAAACACAUGAGCAAUCUGGUUGAUCUGCUUCAGGAAUCCAAAGGAGAUGUUUCAAAAGAGUCGAUUGAACUCAAUGUUGAACAAUUUAAAUCCGCUUUAUCUCAAGUAGAUUCUCAAAUGAAGAAUCUUCCAGCAACAGCUCAGGUUGCAGCUCAGCAAGGUUCGUAUCUUGCGGAUUGUUUCAACCGUAUGGAAGAGUGCACAAAGAGUCCGGAAGGUCCGUUGCGGUUUAGAGAGUCUGGGCGACAUAGGUUUCGUCCCUUCAGGUACAAGCAUCUUGGUCAAUUUGCUCCAUUAGGAGGAGAGCAAACAGCAGCACAACUCCCAGGUGAUUGGGUGUCUAUUGGCCACAGCUCUCAGUGGCUUUGGUACUCUGUCUAUGCAAGCAAGCAAGUAAGCUGGCGUACAAGGUCGUUGGUGGUGUCAGACUGGAUGAGGCGUUUCAUUUUUGGGAGGGACUCCAGUCAAAUAUGAGUGUCCAUCUCUUAAAAUACCAAAAAAGGUUACAAUUUUCUGUUUGAUAAACACAUUUAAUCACUUUUUUUUUCUCAAAAUGUUUACUGCAAAUAAUUUCCCUCUUCGGCUUUACUUUACAUCUAGUUUUUAGAUGAGCCUCAGAAUGUGUAUUUGUAUUGUAUAAUGAAGAUUAUGUGUAUCUAGCCUUUUGGGUUUUUUUUUUAUUCACUAUACUCAUAAUCUGUUUCCUUA